GCGUUGGCCCAUUUCUAUUGUCCACAAAUUAUACCUCUUUUCUCAGCCCUUUCAUGGAGGAUUACACCCUUUCCAUACCUCUCCUAGCUACCCCCGCCGGCGCUCUCACCACCACCAUCGCCCCUACCAGCUGCGCAACCAAAAAAGAUGAUGAAAAUGGGGUUUUCUCAUCGGGUUCCAGUAUUAUUUACCGUCUUCUUUUGGUAAUUCUCAUCGGAACAAUCUCCAUAUGGGCAAACCACGAAGCAUCAAAAGGAUUCAAGGUAACCAUAAUUAACGCCGCCGCCAAAGAAUCUCCGGCAGGGCGACGGUUUGAUCUCUUUUACGUAUCAAACGAUGAAGCCACUCGGAUCAUCUUGAGCACAAGCGCCGUGGUCGAGAACAUUCUUUAUGCAGAUCAGUCCGACGACCAAACAAAGAAGCCAGUUCACCAUGUCGUUCUUCAGCUGGCUGCCGGCGACAACCUGACGGAGACCAAAGUCAGUGUGGACACAAGCAGAAGCAAAGAACCAGUUUAUGUCAUCAGUUUAAGUCCAUCAAUAAUGGAGGAAAGUAAUGUCAAGUACAGUGUCAUAUCAACCAUACAACGGGCCAUGGCUCGGAUAUGGCUCUGGGAUGGCAAGUCCAGGGCUCCACCUUGGCUCAUAGCUGGCAUGGAAGAGUAUAUAUGGAUGCAGGCUGGAUUUGGCCACCAUGAUAAAGAAACAGCACUACAUUCAAGAUCAAAAUUCAGACCAGAACAGUUUUGUUCAGUUCUUUCUCAGGUAUGUUCCAAAUCAAGUAAGUUGAGGCCUGGGUUGAAGAUGAACAUUAGUGCCAUUUGUGGCGAUCAUUGGAAAUGGGAAAAAACAGGUGGAGUUUGCAGGGAAGAAGAUGAUAAGAACCCAAAGAUUGUGGCACUGGCUUUGGGUUACAUUGAGCAGAAACACAAAGGGUAUGUUCAAGGAUUGAAUCAGAUUCUAAGAGAUGGAUGGGAUUGAAGAAAGCAGUAGCUGUCAAAUUUUUUUGGAACAAUUUGGGUUCACAUGGUUUGGGGCCAACCAGUCCAUUAUUUCAUGUUGGAACGAUAUGGAGGAGGCAUGUUAAAAAUGGGUGUUAUGUCUUGUUAUAUGAUAUUCAUAUCUCCACCUAUUAUCAACUGAUUCUAUAGAUAGAAUCCAGAUCAUUUCCCUUUUUUGUAUAAAUUUUUGUCAUUGAUUAUCUAUAUUGCUUGUAACGUUGAAGUUUAUAUUUUCAAAUCUAUAGAAUCUUGACCUUAAAGCGCAA